AAUGGUUUCCUGUCACCUCCCUUGCUUAAAGUCGGAUAGUUUGUGUUUUCUGUCUUCACUGUUUUGUGCUACGAUAUUCCUUGUUGAGUAGAACACUUACUUUGCCGUGGAAUCUGUCCUCCUUUGAUCUGCUCGUUCCAAGAUCACUUCCAUCGGCAGUCCAAGAUUCUCAACCUCCAAGGAUCGAAAACCAAGCCGCUCUAUCACAAAGAGCUCCCUCUACAUAACAACAUGCGACUCUUCGGCCGUCAAGAGAAGGGAGGAGAAGGGACAAGCAGAGUCGAGAGGGUCUCAUCCUUUCCCCAUGCCAAAUCAAAACAGAAAGUGACUGGCCUGGCCAUCGCCAUGGGCGCCGUGGCAUCGAUAGGUGGCAUGAUCUUCGGCUACGUAUCCGGACAAAUCAGCGGGAUGUUCUUGAUGGCGGACUACGCUGCCCGAUUCGGCGAGAGACAGACAGAUGGUAGCUAUACCUUUUCCGCCGUCAGACAGGGGACGAUCGUCGCUCUCCUCUGUGCUGGUGCGCUCUUGGGCUCGCUCGGCGCGGGCAAGUUGGCGGAUUGGCAGGGUCGGAGGCUGGCAAUUUCGGUGUCUGCGUUCUUCUGUUGUAUUGGGACGGUGAUCGAGAUCUCAUCUACGACGUUCUGGCUGCAGUUCGCCCUCGGACGUUUGAUCAAUGGGAUUGGCAUUGGGGCUCUGUCAGUCGCCGUACCCAUGUAUCAGUCCGAAUGUGCGCCGGACAUCAUUCGCGGCAUGCUCGUAGCGUCAUACCAGCUCAACAUGACCUUUGGCAUUUUUCUCGCCGAGGCGAUUAACCUCGCUACCGAAGGCCUCUCUUCGAGUGCAUCCUGGAGGAUCCCGAAUGGCAUCUCAUUCCUCUGGGCACUCAUCCUCGGAGCCUCGAUGCUCUUUCUACCGGAAUCUCCUCGAUAUGCAUAUCGCAAAGGUCGAGAUGAAGAAGCUCGCACCACCAUUUCACGACUCGCUGGUCUGGAUCCGACAUCGCGGGAGGUGAACGAUAUCAUCUAUUCCCUGCGUUGCAACCUCGAGCAGGAGAAAGCUGCAGCGGAAGCCAAAUGGCACGAGAUCUUCACCGGUCCGCGAAUGUUCUAUCGGACUCUGCUUGGCGUGACUCUACAAGCUGGUCAGCAGCUGACCGGGGCCAAUUUCUUCUUCUACUAUGGCACGACUAUCUUCGCAGCGACGGGUCUAAGCAAUAGCUACGUCACUCAAAUCAUCCUGGGAGCUGUCAAUCUGGUGUUUACCUUUGCUGGACUAUACGUCGUUCAGAAAUGCGGACGGAGAAAGUCUUUGAUGGCUGGAGCCGCAUGGAUGUGCAUGUGCUUCUUGGUCUUUUCCUUUGUCGGCCGCUUCGCUCUGGAUAGUGAGAAUCCGAUGAACACACCAGCAGCUGGCAAUGUCCUCAUUGUGUUUUCGUGCUUGUUCAUUGCAGCAUUUGCAACGACAUGGGGUCCUUUGGUAUGGGGAGUAGUCGCCGAGCUGUAUCCCUCGAAAUAUCGAGCACAGUGCAUGGCCAUCAGCACAUCUGCCAAUUGGCUUUUCAAUUUUUUGCUAUCGUUCUUCACGCGCUUCAUCACCAAUGCGAUCGGAUAUCUUUACGGCCUGGUCUUUGCGAGCUGUUGCGCGGUCUUGGUGUUUAUCGUCUUCUUCUGCUUGAUUGAGCACAAGGACCGAAGUCUGGAGGAGAUUGACGCCAUGUACGUCCUAAAGAUCAAUCCCAUCACCAGCGAUAAGUGGGAUGGUAGCAAGGUGGACGAGGAGACAGAUCGAUCGGGCCGCACGGAUUCGGAGCCGAGUCGGCGACAGAAGUCUACGCACGAGGCAUAAGCUUGAGUGUGAUUGUACACUCGUGCCUGCGAAUCCGGCCGAUGAUGGACGGAGAUGUAAAGUACUGAAGUCCAUAGAGUCGUCGAUUCGGCCUGAGAGGCGUCGUCGUCGUUGUAUUCUACUUAGGGUUCAUCACGCGUAAUGAGUGCGGAAAUGUACCGAACAGCCAAAACACC